UAGCAGGAGCUGAGACGGGAGAGCAGAGCGGGUGGAGGCGGAUUUAGCUGAGCUUGGCGCUGGAGGCUCAUGCCACUCGGAGCACACAGCUACAAGGAGACGAUGCGGUGAUCCGAGUCGACGUCGAGUUAUUUUAAUUCUGCUGCUGAAUCACUUCAGUAAGUUUGGAGGCGAUCCUGACAUGCACCGACCUCCAGAUAACGGUAUGGCUGGGAAGCCAUUCCGGGCCACCUUUAUCUGGAGCAGCAUCAUCAACAACCUCCAGACGCAGGUGGAGGUGAAGAGACGACGGCACAACCUCAAGUCCUACCAUGACUGCUUCCUGGGCUCGGAGGCGGUGGACGUGGUGCUGGCCCACAUCAUCCAGAACAAAUUCUGUGGAGAUGAGGAGGUUCCUCGUUCCAAAGCUGUGCGCCUCUGUCAGGCCCUUAUGGACUCGCGGGUGUUUGAGGCGGUGGACACUAAAGUGUUUGGGAAGGAGAAGAGGCAGGGCAAGUUUGAGGACAGCAGCUGCAGCCUGUACAGGUUCCUCAAUACACCAGUUCCCAACAAAGAUACAAUAGACACUGUAUACAGCCCACCGCGCAUCCAGAGGAACGAAGCCUCCAAAAGGGAAGAGGAACAGGAGUAUUCAAACAGUUCACCAGUCAAAACAGAUAAAUCUCUGGAGGAUGUUUUGGGCAACCUGAACUCCAUUACAACCAUCACGCCCCAGCUGAUGAACUUGGGCCUAUCACAGGAGUUGGUGGAUGAAGUCUGGCAGCAGCAGACGACGUUGAGGCUCCUGCAGCUGAUAGAGUUGCCUUUGCUGGAGAGUCUUCUAGAAGGCAGAGAGAGCCCCCGUCCCCACCUGCACGGAAUGGACAGCGAUCCUGACCUCCUCUACACCAGCAACUACCUGGACCGAGAGAUCCUCAAAGCCUUCAGUGAAGCUCAGGCUGAUGACUGGCUCUCAGCUGCGGUGGACUGUCUGGAGUUUCUGCCGGAUCAGCUGGUAGUGGAGGUGAGCAGGGGUCUGGCUAAGUGUGCAGAAGAAACGUCCCAGUAUAAACAGCUGCUCUAUAGCAUCCUCAUCCAGCACUACGGCCACAUGGAGCAGCUUCCACUCCUCAGCAACCACGUAUUCGACAUACACACCGGCAUCUCCGAACUGUUAGUUAAUGGAAAGCGGGAGCAGGCUCUGGAGGCUCUGCAGCUGUGUCUGAAACUCCAGGACUCGCGCAGCAGAGAGGAGCUGCGCAGACUGCUUCGCUUCAUGGCUGUCGCCGCUCGCCCACAAGAGCUCAAACUACACAAAGAGAUAGAGAACAGGAUGGCGGUGAAGAGAGCGUUCUCCAGUGCCAUUGUGUACAGCGUCAGGCUAGCCAAGGGAAAAGUGGACCUUCUGGUGCUCUUCAUGAUAGACAACCACUUGGACCUUUUCAAGAUUCCUGCAUCACUACACAAGCUUGUUGGAGAUAAAUUGGCCAGCAUCAUCAAGGGGAAAGAUCCAGAUAUCAUUACUGGUACAACGUACUGUAGACGCAUUACCGGGAACGCGUACGUAGAGACAGUUCAGAAGACCACCAAAGAGGAGCUGUGGGCUUUACUCCGAACCAUUCACGAGAACACCAGGCUCUCCGUGAAAGAGAAGAGGAGGCUGCUGGGACAGUUUUACAGAGGCCACCCGGAAAUAUUCGUGCAGUAUUUUGGAAAGCAGAUCUCCAGUGCUUAUUUGUAGCAGGUUCCUGUAGUAAAAAGCCAUUGCACAAGAUGUAGAAAGUGUCAUGUAAAUGCUGUAAAAAGUGUAAAUAUUGUAAAAAAAAAAAAAGUAAAUGUUAUUUACUUUGCAUGCUUGUAAGCAUGUGCUAACAGAAAGGUCAAGGAGUCCAGUCAUGCAGAUUUUUAAAGUCUGUGUUCAAAUAUAAGGUGGGAAUGUUAUUCAUGUCGUUCCUUUUUUCAAGCUUACCUGACUUGAAUGUUUUGUUCUGAUAAGACUGAAACUUGUUCUCAAACUGUGUGACGUCGUGCCACAGGGUCCCAUUCUGAAUAAAUGUCCAGAGGAA